CGUGAGCGAUGAGGGGACCGGGGUGUCCUGAAGUGCCCUCCAGGAGGAGGGGUCGGGGUAGGGGGUCCCCAAAAGGUGACACUGGGGGUGUCCCUGGAGCAGGGGGUGCUGACCCCCGCCCGCCGCGCCCCCCAGGAGCAGGUGGAGUACGUGUUCCUCAUCAUCUUCACGGUGGAGACCUUCCUGAAGAUCAUCGCCUACGGGCUGGUGCUGCACCCCAGCGCCUACAUCCGCAACGGCUGGAACCUGCUGGACUUCGUCAUCGUCAUCGUGGGGCUGUUCAGCGUCAUCCUGGAGCAGGUGUCCCACAAGCCGGGCGACGCUCACCACAUGAGCGGGAAGCCGGGCGGCUUCGACGUCAAGGCCCUGCGCGCGUUCCGCGUUCUGCGCCCGCUGCGCCUCGUCUCCGGCGUCCCCAGUGAGACCCCGGCGGGAGCGGGGGGGGCUGGGGUCCCCCCCGGCCUGUGCCAACCCCCCCGUGCCCCCCCAGGCCUCCACAUCGUGCUCAACUCCAUCAUGAAGGCGAUGGUGCCGCUGCUGCACAUCGCGCUGCUCGUGCUCUUCGUCAUCAUCAUCUACGCCAUCAUCGGCCUCGAGCUCUUCAUCGGCCGCAUGCACAAGACCUGCUUCUUCAUCGGCUCCGGUACGCACGGGGGUCACCCCGGGACCCCCCGGGACCCCCCGGCCUCAGGGACCCCCGGGAGCCCCUCAGUGCUCUCGGGGAGCAGGAUCCCCCCAGGACACCCCACACCGAGACACCCCAAAACUGAGACCCCCCCAAAACUGAGACCCCCCAGGGACACCCCACACCGAGACACCCCAAAACUGAGACCCCCCAGGACGCCCUGA